GCGCCGAGUGCAGAGAGACUAUACUUACCUAUCGAUCAACAAUUUUCGUCUUUUAUUCUUGCCCACAAUUUUAUAUAUUUUUUUGUCUUUAUAAAAUCUCUUCAAGAUGAUGAGCAUAGCCCAAUUGCUGCAGGCAGCAGAAUAUUUAGAGAGGAGAGAACGCGAAGCAGAGCACGGAUAUGCAUCACCACUGCCAUUACACGACGAGCCAUCACGCAAGAGGCUAAAAGCUAAGAAAAUUCUGGGUAACAGUCGUUCCACUCACAACGAACUAGAGAAAAAUAGGAGAGCCCAUCUUCGAAACUGCCUGGAAGGCCUUAAAGAAAUGGUGCCACUUGGUCCUGAAGCCACAAGACAUACCACUCUAGGGCUCCUAACAAAAGCAAGAGUAUUUAUAAAGAAUUUAGAAGACAAAGAGAAAAAAAACCAGCAGCUUAAAGAUCAACUAAAUCGGGAACACAGGUUUUUGAAGCGAAGGCUUGAGCAGCUAGACACCAAUGUAUUUAGGAAAUCACGAAAACUCAGGCAAGACAGUACAGGCUAUUCGGAAGAUUCAGAAAAAGAUGAGGUUGACGUCCUUGGUUACACUAGUCACAGUGAUUCAGAUGAGCGAAGUAGCGUUGAAACGAAUGGAAGUGAUGGUGGUUUUACGUUGAACAGUAUCAAACUUCUUGAUGUACAGGACUCGUGAUUUACUCCGCCAAGAAACUCCAUGUUCUAGAUUUUGUAUUCCAUGCCACAGAUUAUUGUCUGGUAGAGCUUGGUGGACUAAAAUGAAAAGGAUAAAGCGCAUGGAAUAAGUUAUUCGCUGUGUCAAGGCAGUAUUAGCUGAAAUACUUUUGUUUUGUUUUUAAAUGCAGCUGCUUCCAAUUUUUGUGUCUCAUCAAGGCUGCUGCAGCCAGGUUAAAAGUUGAAACAGUGCCAUACAUGGUCCCUCAUCAUUCCUCAAGUCUGUAGUGAACAGGAAACUCGGGGCAGAAAGCGUCACCAUCUGAUUCUAUGAAUGAGAGACUAGUCAUGUUGAUUUUUAGUUGAAGAAAUGUUUUGGAAAAGGUGAAGACUAAUAAUUUGCUUAUUUCAAUUGGUCACCAGCAUUAUUUAUAUUCUGAAUAUAGAAUGAGAUCGCACACAGCAUUGAGAGGCCCAAAUGAAUGUUUAUUAUAAUUUCAAUCAGAAAUUACAUGUGAUCAAGUUGCAACCUUAUCUUUUAUGCACAAUUUGUAAAGUCCUAUUUUUUUUUUUUAAAUAACAAAACAGGACUGGAAAUUAACUGAAAUAGUUUUCUGAGAGAAAACUACACAUCUUUGUUUUAAUCAACAAAGCGCAAUACCUAGAGAAAAUGAUAAUUUUAUCAUUUUAAUUUUUAACAUCACACUACUUUGCUUAGAUGCUUAGAUUAACUAAUUAUUGUCCUAUUAAGCAUACAGUAUGUCCAAGGCAAAUUCUGGGAAGUUGGUAAAUGCAUAUGCUCAUAAUGGCAGAAAGUAAUGUAAAAAUUUUAUUUGUAAUGUCAUUGAAAAUGACUCAAGGGACUAAGAUAAUAUAAUAUUUAGUGGUCCACUAUUCACACUAUUGACGAGAGGUUCUGCAGUGCUUAGCAAGCCUACUUGUACCCCCUAAAUCAUAUCUUGUUGUGCAGAGUAUUACAUGCUUUAUUAAUUAGCAAGCUGAAAAAUGACUCCUCUUCCCAAAUUAUUUCAAAAUUUACAGUGCUAUUUGUGGUGGAUAGCAGUUUUUAAACGGAUACAUGCAUAAUAAGCUUGGACAUUGUUAUGCAAACUUUUCCUUUAUAAACAUUUGCACUGGGGCCUGGAUGUUUUGUUACACUGAACAAUGGUUUUCUCCAACUAAAUGGGCUUUGCUGGCAAAAGACCUAGUUGUUAUCAUAUCCAGUCACUGAGCCAUGAUGACCCAAGAAUCGUUGACUUUUUUUUUUUGGUCCAUACACAUGAGCAUUCACUUUCUAGACUCAAACAUUCCAAACAGAGACUCUAUUUUUUUAAUAGUGUCAUUUUCCACAUACUUAAAUGGAAAUAGACUGACUGAUAAUGUUAUCAUAUUUGGUGCGUAUAUAUCAACCCGGAUAAGUUAUCAAAACAAAACAAGGGUUGCAUCUUUUUAUAAUCCAGCUUUAUUUUGCUAAUUGUUAGCAAUUAGUAGAACUGCAGGGGGUGGCUAGCCUCCCACCAUACCCUAUUUUUGAUCAUUUAUCAAAAUAAAACGUGUGAGAAUCCCAUGUGUUUUCUUGGUCGUUAAAGUUACAGCCUGCUUGCUAAGCAUUGCAUGGCCAAAUUUGAAGCACGCUACAGGUGUUGAUUUCAAACCAAUCAGUGAUGCCCAGGGGGGUAACCUCCCUGAUAAAAUCGGGACUUUGAAAGUUAUAUGGUUAUUUAUUUGCGUGUGCAUUUUUUUGCUAAGAUGUUUUUAUUAGAGAAGUGUGAAAAAAAAAAACAAUUAUCUGAUUAUCAUCAUGGCUGCAAGUCAACGCCAGUUUCUGUGAUCGUGGUAAUUUGCAUGCACCGUUUUCAGCUGAAAAUAUCUCUUGAGUACUUUUAACCACAGAAUUGAGUUUAAUAGUUUUAAAAAUACCAAAAUUUGUCUCCUGUGUUGUAGAGAGCAAUUUCUCCGCGAUCAUGGAGCUUUUUUUAUAUGGUGCUAUUUAUAUCUUAGAGUUUUUAGCAAAUACGAUCAAUAUUUAGUAUUUCUGUAAAUUUGAAUGUUGUAUUGCAUUUCAAUUUUGAGAAAAAGCAAUUAGCCAAACAUAAAAAUUUGGCUGCCAUGCUCCAUCCAACCUAGGGCAUAUAUAUAUAUAUAUAUAUGUAUUAUGGUUCUCGUAGAAUUGUCUCUACAGAGACGAGACGUGCUGGCAUAGGUUUUUACUAAAAAAACAAACCUAACGUAAAACCAGCAAAACUUUCAAUUGUAUAUUUUGCAUGUAAUUUAUGUGUACAGAAAAGAGUUAAAAUGAAAUGUAUGUAUAGCUGAAAAAAACAAAGAAACUUUAAAAAAAACAAAUGUAGAUUUUUCCCCCAGAUUCUUGAAAAAGCUCUAGCUCCAACUUUUAGGAAUCUCUUUUUCUAGUUCACUUAGAAAUUCAGAACUGAAUUAGUUAUUUUUGAAAUUAUUGGUGUUUUUAGCAUGGUUGUAGUCUGAUAGCGUACUCUCUACUUGCCAUAAUGCUCUAUUCUCUGCAAGGUUGGGUGGUUGUGGUACAAUCCCUCUCAGGUUUAAACAACAUGCAGUUUUUUGGUGUUUAGGCAAAAAAAUACUUUUUUGGCAGAUUUUCAGGUGUCCUCUAGAUUUGAAUGUAUAUUGCAGAGCGUAUACGUGUGUAUGUGUGUAUAUAUACCUGACAGAAAUUUGAUGUAUUAUUACCUUUAACCAGUUGUUCUGAUAUAAAUAAAUUUUUUUUUUAUUUCCCAGCAAAAAAACU